AUGAAUACCAAAGAAAAUUCAAAAGCUGGUGGAACUUCUCAGACUCCUGCCGGGUCUGAUAAUACUAUACCUAAGUCAAAAAAUGCAGAUAAAAACGAGGCAAAGAGACAAGCAAAACUUGCAAAAUUCGCGGCUAAACAAGCAAAGCUUUCUGCCAAUAACAAUACAGCUGAAGGCGAGAAAAAAAAGGAAAAAGAGAAAAAACCUAAAUUUGAAAAGGAAACAAAAAAUGAAGAAUUAUUUAUUGAUAACACACCUCUUGGUGAAAAGAAAGAUAUGUCCAAUCUUAUGGCUUCCUCUUAUAAUCCUAAAGCCGUUGAAGCUGCUUGGUAUGCAUGGUGGGAAAAGCAAGGUUUUUUCAAACCAGAAUUAACUCCGGAUGGCAAAUCUAAUUCUGAAGGGAUAUUUGUUGUCCCUGCUCCUCCACCAAAUGUGACAGGUUCUCUUCAUAUUGGUCAUGGUUUGACCGUAGCUAUCCAAGACGUUUUAUGUAGAUGGAAUCGAAUGUUAGGCAAAACUGUAUUAUUUAAUCCUGGAAUUGAUCAUGCUGGUAUUUCAACACAAUCUGUUGUAGAAAAUAAAUUAUGGAAAGAAAAGCAACAAACACGUCAUGAUCUUGGACGUGAAGCAUUUGUAAACGAAAUUUGGAAAUGGAAAAAUAAAUAUGGUGAUCGUAUUCACUCACAGUUGAAACGACUUGGCGGUUCUUAUGAAUGGGAAAGAAAUGUUUUCACAAUGGAUGAGAAACAAAACAGAGCUGUUGUUGAAACAUUUUGUCGGUUACAAGAAGAAGGAAUUAUUUACAGAUCAACUCGGUUGAUAAAUUGGUGCGUUAGACUUAAUACCUCUUUGUCAAAUCUUGAAGUUGAAAAUAAAGACAUAUCUGGACGCACACUAAUGUCAGUGCCGGGGUAUGAUCCAGAAGAAAAGUUUGAAUUUGGUGUUUUGACAUCAUUUGGAUAUUCUAUUGAAAAUUCUGACGAGAGAAUUGUUGUUGCUACAACUCGUCCAGAAACUAUGCUUGGUGAUACGGGCAUUGCUAUUCAUCCCAAGGAUGAACGUUAUAAGCACCUUCAUGGCAAGUUCGCCAUUCAUCCAUUUAAUGGAAGAAGGCUUCCCAUCGUUCUUGAUGAUAUUAUAGUUGAUAUGGCUUUCGGUACUGGUGCUGUCAAAAUCACGCCAGCUCAUGAUUUUAAUGAUUAUGAAGUUGGGAAAAGACACGAUCUCGAAUUCAUCAAUAUCUUAAAUGAUGAUGGUACUUUAAAUGCAAAUGGCGCUCCUUUCCAAGGAAUGAAGAGGUUUCACGUUCGUAAAGCUGUUGUCGACGCACUUAAAGAAAAAGGCUUAUAUGUUGAGACUAUAGAAAAUCCUAUGACCGUUCCCAUUUGCUCUAAAUCAGGAGAUUUAAUCGAACCACUAUUAAAACCUCAAUGGUGGGUUAGUUGUUCCGAUAUGGCUAAAGAUGCGAUGAAGGCUGUAGAAGAAGGGAAAUUGCGCAUUUUCCCCAAGGCAUCAGAAAAAGAAUGGUUUAGAUGGCUUGGUAACAUUCAAGAUUGGUGUAUUUCACGCCAGCUGUGGUGGGGACAUCAAGUCCCUGCUUAUUUCAUAAAAAUCUCAAACCAGGAUCAAGAUCUCGCGGAUGGCAAAUUUUGGAUAUCAGGUCGUAAUUUAGAAGAGGCUCAUGAAAAGGCAAAGCAAAAAUUUCCAAAUAUUGAUUUCACCCUGAAACAAGAUCCGGAUGUGUUGGACACUUGGUUUUCUUCCGGAUUAUGGCCAUUUUCUAUUUUUGGUUGGCCAAAUAAUACACAAGACCUAAAAACGUUUUAUCCCACAUCACUUUUAGAAACUGGAUGGGAUAUUUUAUUUUUCUGGGUAGCUAGAAUGGUUAUGUUGGGUAUGAAACUAACUGGACAGGUUCCUUUUAAAGAGGUGUUUUGUCACGCAAUGAUUAGAGACGCACAUGGGCGCAAGAUGAGUAAAUCAUUGGGAAAUGUAAUCGAUCCGGUGGACGUAAUUCAAGGUAUAACAUUGGAUAAAUUACAUUCCAAACUAUAUGAAGGGAACCUUGACAAUCGUGAAAUAGAAAGAGCGAAAGAUGGUCAAAAAGCCGAUUUUCCAAAUGGUAUCCCUGAAUGUGGUACUGAUGCAUUGAGAUUCGCGUUAUGUGCAUAUAGUUCAGGAGGUCGAGAUAUUAAUCUUGAUAUCCUUCGCGUAGAAGGUUAUAGAAAAUUCUGUAAUAAAUUAUGGAAUGCCACUAGAUUUGCGUUAAUGAAAUUAGGAGAUGAUUUUAAGCCAAGAGAAAAUGGCAAAAAAACCGGUAAAGAGUCAUUAACUGAACAAUGGGUAUUACACAAGCUAAACCAAAGUACCAUUGAAACAAAUAAAGCUUUGCACGAAAGAAAUUUUAUGGUUGCAACCACAGCAGUGUAUAACUUUUGGUUAUAUGAAUUUUGUGACGUUUAUAUUGAAUUGAUAAAACCAUUAACAGAUGCCGAUACAUCAAUUGUUGAAAAUUUGGAGCGCAAACGAUCAGCUCAAGAUACUUUAUAUACUUGUUUAGAAUCUGGGCUUAAACUCCUUCAUCCAUUUAUGCCAUUUGUGACAGAAGAAUUAUAUCAACGUUUACCUCGACGUCCUGGAGAUAAUAUUCCAACCAUUGUCAAAGCCAGGUAUCCUGUUGAGGAAUCAGAAUAUCAUAAUCCACAGGCUGAAGAACGAUUUGAACUUGUAUUCUCUAUAAUAAAGGCUGCUAGGUCCCUCACUGUUGAAUAUAAUAUCCAGUCCAAUGCCUCACUGUUUAUUCAGACUGUCUCCGAAACUACUGCUAGUUUUCUUAGGUCACAAGAACAAAGCAUUACCACUCUAGUAAAAAGUGCCAAGUCUGUACAUGUUUUCCAGAAAGGGGAAACUAUUCCGGCUGGCUGUGCUAUAAGCACAGUUAAUGAUGAAGUCAAUGUCUUAUUAAUGGUUAAGGGAUGUGUUGAUAUUGGUGCUGAAGUUUUAAAGUUCCAAAAGAAACUUGAUAAAACAAAUCAGUUACUAACGGCACUUCAAAAGAGAACAUCGACUCAUGAUUAUGAAAACAAAGUUCCAGCAGACGUAAAAGAAGCUGAUGACAUUAGGCUCAAAGCUUAUCAAGCUGAAAUAGAUGCUUUAAGUCUUAGUAUUCAAAAUUUUUUGAAAUUAGAAGAUUAA